CUAUCUAUCUGAAGAGGGAAGAGGGAGGCAUGGUGAUCAAAUUUUUUAAUAAAUCCCCACCUCUCCUUCAGCCUUCCAUCUCUCAACUGAAUUCAAGGGGGCUUUAUUGGCAUGGGAGACAUAUGUUUACAUUGCUAAAGCACUCUCUCUCGCUCUCUUCCGCUGGCUCCAUCCAUGUGUUGUCUUACUAGUUUUCAGUAUGGACAGAAGGGAGACACAGGGCUCCUUGCUGCAUCUUCCCCCUGCCGUCAACCUCCAGACUCGGGUGACAGCAGUUUAACUGGAGGCUAGCCUCAUCGCGCACCUAGGACUAUGACCAACCGCCUCCACCCCCACUCUCCACUUCACACCUCCUCCAUUCUCCCCAGCCCUUUACUCAACCCCCCCACCCCACCCCCGUGACGCGUCUCCACUCGACUCACCACGUCAGGCAGGCAGCAGGCUGUGAGAGGCAGCCUCAGUUGCAGAAGCAGGGUUUCCCCGUGAGGAGCAGAGGGAGGAGCAGAGAGAGGAGCAGGAGGAGAAGCGGUGUUUUGAGAUGAUGGAGGCGGCCAGCUUUGACACCGAGGAGAGCUUUGAUGUUGACGAUGCCUCCUGUCUCUCCCAACAGAACCCGGGGAACAAUUCACCAGCCAAGAGGCAGAACAAGGAGAUCAAGGAGACCAAGAUAACAAUCAACUGCGUGACCUUCCCGCUGCCCAGUGUGAUGCCAGAUCAACCAGAGCAGCAGCUACUGAAGCCCAAUGAGUGGAGCUACUGUGACUACUUCUGGACUGACAAGAAGGACCCCCAAGGGACCCCCUCUGUGGGCGGCUUUGAGGUGCUGCUGCAGAAACAGCUCAAGGGCAAACAGAUGCAGAAAGAGAUGGCUGAGUUCGUCCGGGAGAGGAUAAAGAUUGAAGAUGAAUACUCUAAGAACCUCUCCAAGCUCUCCCAGAGCCCCUUGGCUGCUCAGGAGGAAGGAACCCUUGGGGAAGCUUGGGCCCAGCUGAAGAGGAGUUGUCAUGAUGAGGCUGAAGUCCACCUCAAGUUCUCCAAUAAGCUCCAGUGUGAGGUGGAGAAGCCCCUGCUGACGUUCAGAGACAACUUCAAGAAGGAGUUGAAGAAGUACGAUCACCACAUCAUAGACCUCAGGAAGCAGCUGGCCAGCCGCUAUGCAGGCGUGGAGAAGGCCCGUAAAGCCCUGGCAGACCGGCAGAAAGAUCUGGAAGUGAAGACCCAGCAGCUGGACAUCAAGCACAUGAACAAACACGAGGAGGACAUCAAGAAGGCCCGGCGGAAAUCCACACAAGCAGGUGAUGACCUCAUGCACAAUGUGGACCUGUACAACCGGACCCAGUCCAAGUGGUUUGAGGAGAUGGUCACCACAAGCCUGGAGCUGGAGAGACUUGAGGUUGAGAGGGUGGAGAUGAUACGACAGGAUUUACGCCAGUACACAACGCUGCGACAUGAAACUGACAUGUUCAACCAAAGUACGGUGGAGCCAGUGGAUCAGCUGCUUCAGAGUGUGGACCCAGCCAAAGACCGAGAGCUGUGGGUGCAGGAACACAAGACCGGGGAGCUCCGCCCUGUGGACAUGGACAUAUAGUUAACUACACUGACGUACCUCAAGCAGCCAGAGGCAACACCUCCAUACUGUCAGAAUCCCAGGCCUCCCACAGAACAUUCCAACUACAGCUACAGGUGCAGGUGCAUGUAUGUUCAGGAUAAGGUGAGGCCUGUACAUUCUGUCUAUGAUGACAUCAGAAUAGCACAAUGUUAUCUCAGUGAUAACUGGAGAAAAGUUAGCAUUCCCAAUGCAGUGCUUUUGAACCUACAAUGGAAAAACAAGAUAUCAAUAGUCCAAAUACCAGCAUGUUACAGUAAUACAAUGUUUGAUAGUUUUAUUCUGUACAAUGAAUGCCACUAAACAAGCUUAAACAAUUAUUUAGGGUUUUAUCUGUUGUAAAAUUAGAAGUUUCCACUAUUAAGAAUGAUACAUUUUUAUGUAUUUGAGAAAUAGAUUGGAUGCAUUGUAAAACCUUAUAAUUUUGGCAUAUAAACUGAACAACUAAUUAUUAACAUUUCACUUUAUUUUAGAUACUGGAAUAUGAAACAUUAUGUGAUAUCCUAGAUUAAUUAUGAUAUAUUUUCAUAUUUACAUUUGACCUGUCAAGAUAUGCAUGUUUUGGGAAAAGAUCUUACAUUUACUGUAUAUGGUUAAGUGCAUAUUUGUGAAAUAUGAUGGCUGUCUUGGCACUGUAGUACAAUGUAUAUGGGAUGUGUUUACAGAAAGUAUAUACCCCAAGUUACUGCACUCAAUGAACAAGAGUGAAUCAAGUCAUUAAGGUUUGUCAUGAACAUGAAUUUAUGUACAACAACCUCUCUCUAAGUUGAAUAGGAGAAACAGCAUGUCUGUCACACGUCACCUCGUGUGGCAGAUUGGAACAUAGGCCUGAGAAUAUUUUGGAUCUGUGGUGAGACAAUGAUGGCGACGAUCCAUGUUACAAUGAACACCUUUUAGUGCCUCAAGGUUAUAAACAGUACCUGGAAUGUUGUUGAUAUAUUCUAUUCUGCAUCAGUGUAUAUUUGUAGAUACAAGCUAGAUGUAUUUUGCUGUUAACUGUUUAAGUGGUCUUGCACUUUCGGUCAACUAAAUGUUUGUACCUUGUUGUUUGUAUGAAUUAUAACAGGAUACAUGUCAACAGAUUCUAAAAUCAUUCAUUCAUUUUGCACGGCACUUUGUGAGUCAACCAUUGCUUAGAGUUGGGAAUUGCUAUUUUGCAUUUAUCCUAAAUACAGUCCACUUUGUAUAUCCAAGAGGAGUCAUCACUUGGAAGCUCACAUUUUAAUGACUCGCAAAAGCUCAUCAGAAAAAGUGGUCAGUGUUACUUGCAAUGGAACCUGUGCUUGUCCAUACAUUUCCUAUAGUAUGCUAUUAACAGAUAAUAGCAUGGCCUUUAGCCAACAUAUCCACCUAAACAAGCGUACAUGAUAUAAAAUACUGCAUGUUUAUGUGUCUGUCUGUCUGUCUGUCAUUCUGUAUUUUGCCGUUAGUUAUUCUGGGAGUGCAACAAAGCAGGGACUUACUGUGUUUAUGGACCAUCUCCUCAGACUAUCACUCCUUUCAUAUUCUAAUGUGGAUAAUGCAUUCACUAUUCCAAGACAUGCAUACAGAGAACACAUCUAUUCAGUAUAUAGACAACGUCUAUUCAGUAUAUACAUGCCUUAUCCACAUUGUUUCUAGGUGAGAAAAUAUGAAAAUACCACUGAAAUGAUUUGCAUUAUUCUAUCACAAACUAAUCCAGAUUGAAAUGUUGUACUUAUUGUAUAAGUUAUCCUGCUACAGUAUGUGUCAAUGUUAUAUGAGUUAUGGUAAAGUUCUUACAUUAGAAGUUAAUGUACUUAACUUAACCACUCAUUUUGUAGUAAUGUUGAUUUAAUUGCCUUUUGUUAACUGAUUUCCAUUUCUCAUGUACAUCAAUUCAAAUGUUUCCAAUCUUUAAAGAAAUGUCAAAUCAUUGGUGACCUUUGUCCAGACAAUAUACUGUAGAAUGCUGUGUCUAAAUUAAAUCGUUUCCUUGGAAAUACGAUUUGACAAGACUUUAAAGGGUUUUGUUUCAUUAUCAUAUACUGGCUUACAUACAGUUUGGCUUACUUCAAGUCCUGGGACAUGUUUACAUGAAUUGGAUUCAUCCCAAUGAGCAGAUGAAAUUCAGCCUUUUGCCUCUGGCUUUUAAGGUCAAUCCCCUCCCCUCUGACUGUCUGUGGAUUGGCCAGGGAGAUCCAGGGAGAUAGGCCAGGUGGGGGAAUAUUGACAUGAAACCAGGCCAUGCAUUACUGGGAGCCAGAUCAGGCUUUAGAGAGAGAACGAGUCCUGUGUUUCUGACCUUACAGCCUGGACAAGUUCAGUGCCAAGAUGACAUAUGAUUGGAGUUAAAGCACAUGUUCUGUAAUUCAUUAUUUGACGUGUGUACUGUAUGGAGCUCCUCGCUCUAGAUCAUCUUUAAUAUUGCAGAUUGUGGGUUCUAUCAAUGUAAUUGUUUGCGUCAUUUCCAAUAUUUUGUUCUUUAUUAUAUCCUCCUAACCCCACCACCCCUCCACGAACUGGAGUAAACGAAUGGACGACAAUACUUAGACUUAUACUCCCUGCUUAUACAAUAUAUUUUACAGGCACAGUAC